UAAAGGUGCAUUCCAAUGCCCGCCUCUUGCUAAGAAACCGCUUCCUGACACUCCACUAACUAAUACCUCAGAUAAUGUGUCUCCAUCUCAAUACUUAUUUGCAUGCAAAUGAGCAAAUAUUGACUCGACAACACAACGUGCAAUUAAGUGCUAAUACACGUACUUUUUCAAGCGAAUCAGAGCAAGUCCAUUUUUGGCAUAUCAAGAACACUGCCGGACGAAAGGAACCCUAGUUAAACUUCACUGACUUGUAACUGGUCAAGCUGAAUACAACAAAAUUAUGCUUGCAUAUAACUUCAACAUGUUUGCCAUAGUUACAGUGAUUUAUUUGUGUUUCAUUAGCGCGUGUACAUCGUAUAUCUGGGAGACUGAAAGCUUUUAUGAAGAUCCCUACAAGCAAUAUCAACUCAUUCCUCCAAUUUCCAACACCUCACAAAAGUUUGCGAGCUAUUUCAUGGGGCUGCGUAUUUCAAGACUUUCAAGUGGCAGAAUCAGGAGAGGUCCAAAUCAGGGGAAGGCAAGUAACAUAGUCUUCGUUCUGGACUCAUCUUCCUCAGUCGGGAGAAGACAUUUCCAGCAAGAGGUGAAAGCAAUCCACACCAUGGUAGCCAAAUCAAGAGACGAUAACCGGUAUGGUAUUGUUGUAUUUUCAACCGAUGCUUUCAUCCAAAUGAACUUUGCAGACAAGAGGACCACACUGAAGAAACUAAAAAAAGUGCCUUUCAUUCCUGGAAGAACUAACAUUCAAAAGGGACUUUUACUUGCAAAGACAUUGUUUGAAGACCCCGAAUCAAACAAAACUAAAGGUGCACUCAAUAAGGUCCUCUUGAUCACUGACGGAUUAUCGAACGUACAAAAGGAGUUGACCCUUUACCGCGCAUUUGAGUUGAAGAUGAUGGGAGUUCAAAUCUACGUCGUUGCUGUCGGCAGAUUUGUGUACGGCAUUCCAGAAUCUAUUGGCCUGGCUACUACAUCUCUGAGGCAUCUCUUCCGAGUGCGAAACAUGAAGGCGUUUCUCAACGUUGCAAGAAUGAUUCCCAGCGUGCCCUUCCGAUCCGCACUUCAUUGACAGGGUAAUUAGUAGUCUGCAAUAUUCCUGCCUGGACAUUUCUCAGGGUACAGGAGAUGCAAACCUGUAAUUUCGUCAGGUCGUCGGGUAAUUUGUAGAUAUAUUAUUGGCAAUAAGUUGACGGCAACUUUCCAUAUGUAGAAGACACCUUUAGUCUAGUAUUGGAUACAAGAAAAUGACUAAAAGGACCUUUAUGAGGAAUGAUUGAUAUGGAAACAACUGUCUAUGUGUACUAGAAAGUAAAACGAGAGCUUUUAAGAUCCAGAUGCAUGGAUGCAUGGGUCCGCUAUAUAUUUUGUUAUGUUUUGGCUUCCGCGUAUGAAGUUUCAAUGUUAUAUGAGUUCAUAGUAUAGACCACUGUCGAUCUUCGUCAAUAUACAAAGAAAUCCCAUUACAAGCCUCCAAAUGUUAAAUGUUUAUAUAUACCUUGAAACAACCGGCUCAGGGUUCAGGGUUCAGUCCCGGCUUGGUUUUUCUUGAUGGAAUUUGUGACCUUAGUUAGAUUGCUGUUGUUUUCUUCUUAUUGUUUUUGUUGUAUUUUUUUAAAUGUUGUUUUGUCAUGUUAACUUUGAAUUUGCAUCCAACAUAAUUUUGUCUGAGAGGAGUUUAUAUAUUUGGAGACAAUAACGAUUAACAAGUUGUCAAAGUCAGCUCCUACUAUGCAAUGUUUAUUGUCAGCCAUUAUUUUCGUCAGAUAUUUAGGUGUAUAUAGGAUAGAAAUAUAGUUAUAUAAGACAUAGCCUGCAGAGCAGACGUUCUUGUGAUGGGUUUGAGGAAAAAUCGGGGUUUUGGGGUUCCUGUUUCGACUACGUGCCCGCGAGAAAAAUGGGACCUUGCAAAAAAAAAAAAAGGAAUGCAUAUCUCCUUGCUCGGUUUCAAUUCUCGCUCGUUCCAAAUGUCCAAAGUUCCCCCAAAACCCCGGUUUUUACCCAAACCCACAAGAACGCCUGCUUUGCAGGCUAUAUAAGAUAAGGUAAGCUUCAAUUUUUGUAGUUUAUACUGAUGCAUAACCAUGACAUCAGCAGAGUCGUAAUAAAAAGAAUAACAUGAAGGUGACCUCUAGUUAAUCGACAUAUGUGAUAAAUGUCAGAAGACUAGAAAAGUUUUCUAUUCAAAAUAAAAUGAGUUGUAAUCAACUGUAAAAAACAAGUGUCAAAAACAUUAAAUGAUAGAUAACACACUUGAA